GCUACUGCUUGCUCAGGCUGCAGCCGCUGCCGCCGCCGCCACCACCACAGAUCUCCUCUGCUGCGGGGCCACAGCCCGAGUGUCAUUCAAGGGACAGCACAACCUCACCCAUUCUCUUCUAUCUCUGCCCAGCAGUCCCUCUCAUCUUCCCCCUUCCACACUCCAUCCAAAGAAGAGGGAAAGCACCGAACGGAGUGGGGGAGGAAGGCAAAGUCUGCUCUCCUCACUCCUUCGCCCCCUUGCUCCUCCAUCCUCAUCCUCUCACCAGCAGUCCUCCCCACCCCAAAGGAACCCAGGAGCUGAGGCAACUCACCUCACUGCCAUGUCCAAAAGCUUGAAAAAGAAAAGCCACUGGACUAGCAAAGUCCAUGAGAGUGUCAUUGGCAGGAACCCGGAGGGCCAGCUGGGCUUUGAACUGAAGGGGGGCGCCGAGAAUGGACAGUUCCCCUACCUGGGGGAGGUGAAGCCCGGCAAAGUGGCCUAUGAGAGCGGCAGCAAGUUGGUGUCGGAGGAGCUGCUGCUGGAGGUGAACGAGACCCCCGUGGCGGGGCUCACCAUCAGGGACGUGCUGGCCGUGAUCAAACACUGCAAGGACCCCCUCCGGCUCAAGUGUGUCAAGCAAGGAGGAAUUGUUGAUAAGGAUCUUCGUCACUACCUCAACUUACGAUUUCAGAAGGGUUCUGUGGACCACGAACUCCAGCAAAUCAUCCGAGAUAACCUCUACCUCCGCACGGUGCCGUGCACCACAAGGCCACAUAAGGAGGGUGAGGUCCCUGGAGUGGACUAUAUUUUCAUCACCGUUGAAGACUUUAUGGAAUUGGAGAAAAGUGGUGCCCUCCUAGAAAGUGGGACCUAUGAAGACAAUUACUACGGUACCCCGAAGCCUCCAGCAGAACCUGCACCGUUGUUAUUAAAUGUAACAGACCAGAUACUUCCAGGGGCCAGUCCAAGUGCUGAAGGAAAACGAAAGAGGAAUAAAUCAGUGAGUAACAUGGAGAAAGCAAGUAUAGAGCCUCCUGAGGAGGAAGAGGAAGAGAGCCCUGUGGUCAAUGGAAAUGGAGUGGUGAUAACGCCAGAAUCCAGUGAACAUGAAGACAAGAGUGCAGGUGCUUCUGGGGAAACACCUUCCCAGCCUUAUCCUGCGCCGGUGUACAGUCAUCCUGAGGAGGUCAAGGAGGAGAUGGGUGAUGCAAAGCCAACUAAACCUGAAGACAAUGAAGACUCAGACCCAUUGCCUGACAACUGGGAAAUGGCCUAUACAGAGAAGGGGGAAGUCUACUUCAUUGACCAUAACACAAAGACAACAUCAUGGCUGGAUCCACGACUUGCGAAAAAGGCUAAACCUCCAGAAGAGUGCAAAGAAAAUGAGCUUCCAUAUGGCUGGGAAAAAAUCGAUGAUCCCAUAUAUGGCACUUAUUAUGUUGACCACAUAAAUAGAAGAACACAGUUUGAAAACCCUGUCCUGGAAGCAAAAAGAAAGCUACAGCAGCAUAACAUGCCCCACACAGAACUUGGAACAAAGCCCCUGCAGGCCCCAGGUUUCCGAGAAAAGCCACUCUUCACCCGGGAUGCAUCCCAGUUGAAGGGAACGUUCCUCAGCACCACCCUAAAAAAGAGCAACAUGGGUUUUGGAUUUACCAUCAUUGGUGGAGAUGAGCCUGAUGAGUUUCUGCAGGUGAAAAGUGUGAUUCCAGAUGGGCCUGCAGCGCAAGAUGGAAAAAUGGAAACAGGUGAUGUCAUUGUCUAUAUUAAUGAAGUUUGUGUCCUUGGACAUACUCAUGCAGAUGUAGUCAAACUUUUCCAGUCUGUUCCUAUUGGGCAGAGUGUCAACCUGGUGUUAUGUCGUGGCUACCCCUUGCCCUUUGAUCCUGAAGAUCCUGCUAACAGCAUGGUGCCACCCCUUGCAAUAAUGGAGAGGCCACCACCAGUGAUUGUCAAUGGAAGACAUAACUAUGAAACAUAUUUGGAAUACAUUUCUCGGACCUCACAGUCUGUUCCAGAUAUAACAGAUCGACCACCUCAUUCUUUGCACUCCAUGCCAGCUGACAGUCAGUUAGAUGGCACGUAUCCACCACCUGUCCAUGACGACAAUGUGUCUAUGGCUUCCUCUGGGGCCACCCAAGCUGAACUUAUGACCUUAACCAUUGUGAAAGGUACCCAGGGCUUUGGCUUCACUAUUGCUGACAGUCCUACAGGACAGCGGGUGAAACAAAUACUUGACAUUCAGGGAUGCCCUGGCCUGUGUGAAGGUGACCUCAUUGUUGAGAUCAACCAGCAGAAUGUACAGAACCUGAGCCAUACAGAAGUAGUGGAUAUACUUAAGGAUUGCCCCGUUGGAAGUGAGACUUCUUUGAUUAUCCAUCGAGGAGGUUUCUUUUCUCCAUGGAAAACUCCAAAGCCUAUAACGGACCGAUGGGAGAAUCAAGGCAGCCCUCAAACGAGUUUAUCUGCUCCGGCCAUACCGCAGAACCUGCCCUUCCCACCCGCCCUCCACAGGAGCUCGUUUCCUGACUCUUCAGAGGCCUUUGACCCAAGGAAGCCUGACCCAUAUGAGCUCUACGAGAAAUCUAGAGCCAUUUAUGAAAGUAGGCAACAAGUGCCACCCAGGACCAGCUUUCGAAUGGAUUCCUCUGGUCCAGAUUAUAAGGAGUUGGAUGUUCACCUUCGGAGGAUGGAGUCUGGAUUUGGCUUCAGAAUCCUCGGGGGAGAUGAGCCUGGACAGCCUAUUUUGAUCGGAGCCGUCAUUGCCAUGGGCUCAGCCGACAGAGAUGGCCGCCUGCACCCAGGAGAUGAGCUCGUCUACGUCGACGGGAUACCAGUGGCUGGCGAGACCCACCGCUACGUCAUCGACCUCAUGCACCACGCAGCCCGUAACGGGCAGGUCAACCUCACUGUGAGAAGAAAGGUGCUAUGUGGAGGAGAGCCCUGCCCAGAGAACGGGAGGAGUCCAGGUUCUGUAUCAACCCACCACAGCUCUCCCCGCAGUGACUACGCAACCUACACCAACAGCAACCACGCUGCCCCCAGCAGCAAUGCCUCCCCCGCUGAAGGCUUCACCCGCACAGCCUGCAGGACCAGUGAUGUGGUUAUUCACCGCAAAGAGAAUGAAGGCUUUGGCUUUGUCAUCAUCAGCUCCCUCAACAGGCCUGAGUCCGGCUCCACGAUAACUGUGCCCCAUAAAAUCGGACGCAUCAUUGAUGGAAGUCCUGCGGAUCGCUGUGCAAAACUAAAGGUGGGAGAUCGGAUAUUAGCGGUAAACGGCCAGUCUAUCAUCAACAUGCCUCAUGCAGACAUCGUGAAGCUCAUCAAAGACGCGGGUCUCAGUGUCACCCUCCGCAUCAUUCCUCAGGAGGAGCUCAGCAGCCCGGCCUCGGCUCCCGGCUCGGAGAAGCAGAGCCCCUCAGCCCAGCAGCACAGCCCCGUGGCCCAGCCAAGCCCGGCCACGCCCAACAGCCCUGCCGCCCAGCCAGCUCCUCCGCAGCCGCUUCAGCUGCAAGGACACGAAAAUAGCUACAGGUCAGAAGUAAAAGCAAGGCAAGAUGUGAAACCUGACAUCCGACAGCCUCCAUUCACGGACUACAGGCAGCCCCCCCUGGAUUACAGGCAGCCCCCCGGAGGAGACUACCAGCAGCCCCCACCUCUGGACUACAGGCAGCCCCCACUGCUGGACUACAGGCAGCACUCCCCCGAUACCAGGCAGUACCCUCUGUCGGACUACAGGCAGCCCCAGGAUUUUGAUUAUUUCACUGUGGACAUGGAAAAAGGAGCCAAAGGGUUUGGAUUCAGCAUUCGUGGAGGAAGGGAAUACAAAAUGGAUUUGUACGUAUUGAGAUUGGCAGAAGAUGGGCCAGCAAUAAGGAAUGGAAGGAUGAGGGUAGGAGAUCAAAUCAUUGAAAUCAAUGGGGAAAGCACAAGGGACAUGACCCACGCCAGAGCAAUAGAACUCAUCAAAUCUGGAGGAAGAAGAGUGAGGCUACUGCUAAAGCGGGGGACAGGACAGGUCCCAGAAUAUGACGAACCCAGCUCCUGGAGUUCUCCCGCUGCCGCCUCCCCAGGUCUGCCGGAAAUAGGCGUCUCCCUCGAAGACGUCCUCUCUCCAUUCUCUCCAUCACAUCCAGCCCCACCCUCCGACCCUUCCCACCAGAUAAGCCCAGACCCAACUUGGGAUAUCAAAAGGGAACACGACGUUAGGAAACCAAAGGAGCUUUCAGCCGGCGGCCAGAAGAAGCAGCGCCUCGGAGAGCAGGGGGAGCGCUCGGCGAGCCCGCAGAGGGUCGCGCGGCCUAGGCUUGAGGAAGCGCCCGGCGGCCAGGGGCGGUCCGAGGCCGGCAGGCCCGCCUCGGAGGCUGGGGCGCCCGGGACCGCGGCGGCGGGCGCAGCGCGGGCCGGCGGGCAGGAGGGUCCCCGUGCCACAGCGGGCCCAGAGCUUGGCCGGCGCGACCGCCCGGGGACUGCGUUCUCGAGCCGAGGCGGCGGCGGCGGCGGCGCGCGGGACGCCGAGGCCAGGGCGGGCGCGCGCGCGGGCCCCCGGCAAGGCCCGCGGCCGCCAGGGGGCGCCCCCGCACGCAAGUCCGCCGUGGCGCCCGGGCCCUGGAAGGUACCCGGCUCCGACAAGCUGCCGGGAGUCCUCAAACCUGGCGCCUCGGCAGCCAGCAGAUGAGCUGCGACCGCGGCCCGCCCCCCCAUGUCGACACAGGGCGUUCUUCUUAGAUUCCGUCUCACGGCGUUUUAAUUUAUUUUCACUGUCACACGCAUAGAUCCACGAGGCACCGAGGCCUGGGUGCAUCGACGUGAAUUUCCACUUGUCCAAUGAGCAUGGGCGGUACAGCGUCUACGCGCGGACCUUAACUGACCCUAAAGCCCCCGGUUCCACUUUGGGGACUUUGGCAGCUAUGGAAGAACCAAAAUAACAUGAAGAAUAUCACAGAGAGACAGUGCAGUGUAGCUUUAGUAAAAAAGGAAAAAAAAAAAAAAAUGUCCCCCCCGCUGCAUGAAGGAUUUGGGUGCCAUCCACCUUUUAUCAAGAAACUGGACAAGUUAAGAGCAAUCACAAACUGGAAUAUCGCCUUAAAAAUCAAACUGCACGGAGCAAGCUGAAACUGAGACAAGAUUAUAUCUUUUAAUUGAUCUAAAGCAUUGUAAAUAAAUUGUUCUUGACAUAUCUAGACAGGGGUUAAAGGGUUUCUUUGAAACAUUCAGAGUUGUUGGCCCAUGAUCUGUUUCCAUGCUUCACCCUUGGCAUCCAUCACCCGUAUUAGCAGCACCGUUCCUUGUGUACUGCAGAAUGAUUUAGAAAUCUAGUGAAUUCGUUGAUGUGAUGCCAUUUUUACUGCCAUUUCUGUGAUCAAAUCAUAUUUCUGUACAUUUUGAGUGAGGAGUAGAGAAAAAAGGUUUAAAAAUGUAUCCUAGGGAACAGUUUGCCAUAAGUCAAAUUUUGCAGUUUAUCACAUAGAACUUAAUUGGUUUUCAUCUAUAAUACGAAUUUUACAAUUGAAGGACCAUAGUUUGUUUAAUCAGGAUUGGCAAUGCUGCAGUUCUUUAUGAAAAGGCUUUCUUGUCCAAGUUAGCAGAGAUAUAUAGCUUCUUUGUCAGCAAUGUUAUAUUUCACUUAUUCUUUUUUAAACCUUCCUUCCGUUGCUUCAUAUUAACUUUGACAGCAAAGGCAAAGUAUUCCUCCCAUGUUUCUCAGAUUAUAAUCACUGCCUAAUAUUAAAAAAUCAUUAUGACCAAUCUUUUUUUUUUCGUUAAAGAACAUGAGUCUUUUUAGCAUUCCCUUCUGUUUAUCUUUUUGCCUUAUUCUUUCUGCUUUUGUGUCCAUUUGGCUUGCUUUUGUCUGGUAUUCCUGGUCAGUGUUUUAUUUUUUUUCACAACCUCUAGAUGUUUCUGUUUAUCUUUAUGGCUCUAUGGUCAACACCCUCUACUCCCCAACCCCAGUAAAAUUCCAAGGCUUAUCUUUCUUCCCUACUGUUUUAGUGUUUUAGUAGCUUUUUUUUUUUUUAAUGUUACCUUCAAUUAAUUAUCCAUUUGGUACUUAUUUGUAGCUACACGUGUUAAAAAGCAAAAUGUUUCUGAGGGUAAUUUCUCUUUAUAAUAUGCCCUGAAUGAAUAAGGCUUCAUUUUCAGUAUGUCAGUAACAUCCUUCCUAUAUUCUGCCCCUUAAAGAAGUUCAAAUGCAAAUAUGCCUCACCUCCCUGCACUUGCAGUCAAAUAAGUAAAACUGAGAGAUCGGGUUCAUCAAGCAAGGUCACACAUAACAGCCUCCCUUGCCUGACUCUUUCCCUCUCUCUGUAAUUGCAGUAUCCUGAGCUAGUGCAGUUUAAUUUCCAUCACAGAUAGGGGUAGUUUCAUUGUUUGACAAGAGGAGAUUAUAUUUGAAAGCCUCAAGUGAAGGAUCUUGCAGCUUGUAAAACCAAUUUCUAAAAAUGAAACCCAUACAUCAUAAACAAAAGCACAAACAGUUUAUAAUACUUUUGGUUUAAUCUCAAUUAGUCAUUCUCCCCUGGACUAGAAAUCCAGUAUCGUUUGCCAUUAAUUUAUUGAAUCUGGUUUUGGACAAUGCUUCUGUAGUGUAGCUGCACGUCCUGGUACUGUAUCUUCUGACCUUUAUUUUCCAUGUGUUACAAAAGGCAAAAAAUGAGAUUACCCUUGCAUAAACUCUAAUUUGCACAGUUCACAGCUACGACUUGUGCAGUAAUUGCUUUAUGCGGCUGUAAUCCAUAACCUGUGAAGACAGCACAUCAUCUAAACCCAUUCCAAAUAAUAUUUCUGUGUAGUGUUAGCUGUGAAUUUACCUUGUACAGCUGUAUCUCUAUAAAUAUAAUUCCAUGUAUUAAUAGUCACAGAAAGACUGUAAGUGAGCAACUAUUUUUAUGAAACGCACCACUAUGGAUAAAUUAACUUUUACAGAAAUCUUGUUUACUGUAUGAUAUUCUAAAACACUGUCAAAUAAAAUAUAUAUCCAAAAGUA